AUGAAUAUUCCUAAAGUGGCGUUUGUUUUCUUGGUGCGACUUCUGUUGAAAAGCAUUGCAAGAUUCAGAUCAGUGUGCAAAGAAUGGAAAGAUUUGAUCGAUUCAGACUUCUUCCGAGAUCACUUCAUCUCUCGCAACUCAUCUUCUUCAAUCUCGUGGUCAAUCAUUCAGAUGAAACCUCACAAGCUGACACUUGAUAUUGUGGGUCAUCAUGGAUGCAAAACAUGGGGAUUUGCUCGUUCUCUGGGAUCUUUCAUGAGUUUCUUUGUCGAGAGAGCAAUCAAUAAGAUACAAGUCUUGGCUUGCACCGAUGGAUUGGUCUUGGUUUACUUUGAAGCUGCCGAUGAUACUCCUAUGUAUUAUGUUGGAAACCCUUUGUUUCAAGAGUGGUUUCGAGUCCCUCUCCCUCCUUUCCUCUCUUUGAAAGAUCUUAAGAGAUUACGGCUGCAUGAGCGUUUCAGGGUAGUGUUUGUGAUGAGUCACGGUUGUACUAAAGUCGGUUUUGCAAUUUACUCAUCUGACACAGGGAAAUGGGAAAAUCGAAAUGUGACUUGUCCUCGUCAUGAUUGCUGGUUUGGCCAACGCAAGGCGAUUGCUUUGAAUGGGAUACUUCACUGGUUUCAAAGUCUCAUCUCUUCUUUUUAUGGCCUAUGA